AUGGUGGAUGAUUUCAGCAGAUCAACCUGGACUCAUCUCCUAAGCUGCAAAAGCAAUACCUUCCAUGCCAUUAAAGGCUUUCUAUCCCUGAUUGAAAAUCAGUUUGAUACCUCUGUCAAGAUCAUAAGGUCUGAUAAUGACCUGGAAUUUGUCAACAAUGAAAAUAUGACCUUCUUUCAGGAAAAGGGAAUCAUUCAUCAGAAAACCUGUCCAUACACACCACAACAAAAUGGUGUGGUGGAAAGAAAGCACAAAUACUUGCUUGAAACAGCAAGAGCACUUCUUUAUCAGUCCAAACUACCCAUUAAAUACUGGGGAGAAUGCACCCUAACAGCCACCUUCAUAAUAAACGAACUUCCAUCUAAUGUUCUGAACAAUAAAAGCCCCUUUGAACUCCUAUACAAUAAGAAGCCCAAUUUUCCCUCAGUAUUACAUUUACUAAGUUCUAAGAACCAAGGUGUUUGUGGACUGCAUGACAAGGAUGUACCAAUUUCUGUUACUGAUGGACCAGCAGCUGAUACCACUUUCACUCCUCCACUCAGUUCACCAUUGACCUCACCUAAUUCACCUAGUUCAAUAAUAUCCAACCAUGAUGAUAUUCCUAAUCUCCAACAACAAUCUACAGAAACACAUGAUGCCAGCCCUCCAAUCAUUGAACCUGAUAACCCCCAAAUGAAUCCUCCAAAUCUCAUAAGGUCAGGUAGAACACAUACCACCCCUGCACACCUUAAGGACUAUGUAUAUUCCUUACCAACUCUACAGUUCCAAAACACAGAACCUGAACCUCACACUAGUACUACAUCUUUCAAUGCAAUCUGCAACAACAAUCACCAUGUAUCAUUUAAUGUUUUGCAACUUGAAAGUCAGCAAUUAAUUAGAAACAUUUCACAUGAUUGUGAGCCAUCCUCUUAUGAGGAAGCAGUUAUGAAUCCUGCUUGGCAAAUGGCAAUGACACCGGAAUUUGAAGCACUAUAUGCUAACCAUACUUAG